UGAAGGACGGGAGGCAGUGGCUGGAUGGCUGGGGAUUGAAAGAGUCGGGUCGGUGCAGUAAUAAGGAUAGCCUGGCUCUGGAUAACUCGAAAACAUGUCUCUGCAGAGUUCCGUGGCUCCAGAUAAGCCGAUCAAGACUGCAGUGCCCCCCUCAGUGGAGCUGGGCUUGACUGUGGUUUACACCGCUCUAUACUCUCUGCUUUUCCUCUUUGUUUACCUGCAGCUCUGGCUGGUCUUGCACUACAAGCACAAGCGCUUCAGUUACCAGACGGUGUUUUUGUUUCUGUGUCUGUUCUGGGCGGGCCUGAGGACUACGCUCUUUUCUUUUUACUUCAAAAAUUGUGUUCAGGCCAACCAGUUGGAGCCUUUGCCUUACUGGCUGCUGUAUUGUUUCCCUGUGUGUUUGCAGUUCUUCACGCUGUGUCUACUAAACCUUUAUUUUGCACAGGUUAUUUUUAAGGCCAAAGCCAAAUAUUCUCCAGAACUUAAUAAAUACAAGAUACCAUUGCGACUAGGUUUCUUAUUUGCUAGCAUUCUGUUUCUGGUGGUGAACUUCACAUGUGCAGUGCUUGUCCAAGGAAAUGUGCCAGAAAGCCAGUUGAAAUGGACCGUUUUUGCUCGAGUACUCAUCAAUGACAGCCUAUUUGUACUUUGUGCCAUUUCGUUGGCUGUGUGCAUCUUCAAAAUUGCAAAAAUGUCAUCGGCAAAUGUUUAUCUCGAGUCCAAGGGGACUUCUGUUUGUCAGGCCACUCUUGUGGGUGCUGCAGUGAUCCUGCUUUACAUAUCAAGGGCUUCCUAUAACCUCGUUGUGGUCUUCAUGGCUCCAGAAGAUAGGCCCAGUUCAUUCAACUAUGGCUGGUACAAUGUGUCUGAUCAGGCAGAUGUUGAAAAAGUCAGUGACCAAGCUUAUGUGGCAUUUGGAAUCAUUCUCUUCCUUUGGGAGCUGUUGCCUACAAGUUUGGUGGUGUUUUUUUUCAGGGUACAGAGACCAAAUCAAAAUCUGGGAUCGGGUGGAAUGAUCAACAGUCACAGUUUUAGUUCCAGGGCAUACUUUUUCGAUAACCCGAGACGUUAUGAUAGUGAUGAUGAUUUAAGUAGAAGCAGUGGCUCUAGAGGCGAGAGAGGAAGCAUCUUAUCCACAACACCACAAGGCACUGGUUGGUAUGGAGCCAUCCAUAGGAAUAGCAAUUACAGUGUAGUCUCUCACUUGCUGAAUGGACCUCCAACAGCUACAGCACCACUUCUCUUCGCUUAUGGUAAUAUUCAAAACAACCACCAUCAUAACUAUUACUCAACACCUCAAAACUACUAUUCAACACCACAGAACUAAUGGGAAUUAGAGAUUCAGUUCUUUGGAAAUGUUUACAUGAUAGUUUUCAUGACCCUUGGCUUGUUAUGAAAGAAUAAUUGGAAGAACUUGAAAGAACAAGUACACAUGUGUCACUAUAAGAAAGAGAUGUCAAUAAAGUAACUUUCAGAACUGCAUCAGUGACUAGAAAAGAAGGGUAAAGAUGUCCAAUAGUGUUGCUGCUUGUUUCAACUGUAGUAAGUUGGACUGCAUAUUGCACUUUUAUCUGCACUUACAUUCUGGAAUUUUGUUCAGGUUGCAUCUGGAUUUAUCAAUAUUCUAAAUUUUUGGAAGGUUUUAGAAUUGACCUGGGCUGAGCAGAAGGAUCUAUUUUCUUCAUGAUUACAUUAUUCACAGCCCGUUUUAUUGUGUGAUAGCUCUACGGAGAGCAGAAUUAUUAUCCAUCUCUGCCAUUUUAAGCUAACAGAAAAAUAGAAUGGUUGCUUUAUGAUACUGUGGUGCAUGAAUUUCAACUGAAGAUAUCUGCACAUGGUCUUAUCACAGCCAUGGAAAAACAAUACAGGCACAUUUGUUGCAUUGUAUUUCCAAACCCCACAUCUUUUAGAUUUGAGGCCUAAUGUGGAAAUUUGCUUAGUGAUCAACAAAGCAUUUGAAUGUAAAGUGUAUUGCAAUUUUUUCUAUUUGCCAUUCAAAAUCUUGCAAAUGGGCUAAAAUUCUGUUUAAUAGAAUUUAACAUCUGCACAUGUAUUAAUAUUGCCAGUUACUACAGUAGUCUAAAACUAUUAGAAUUAUCUUAACCUAUUUUGGUAUAGAAGAGUUGCAUGUUUUAUUUUAGUGGACCUUAUUAGCCAUAUGAUAUUUUUGGUUAGCUGAGGUCUCCAAAUUCCUGAGGGCUGGUUUCUUCAAACAAGAAUGAAAAGAUUAUUGGAUUUCAUUGUAUGUAAUGUUAAACAUGUAAUGCGUGUACACCAGCAUGUUUUGUACACACCUGAACAUUCCGUGAAGCAGCCACAUAUUUAGGUACACUACCUGACAAUUGUAGGGCACAGAUUAAACAUGUAUGGUAUGGUACUAGACAAGUUUGCACGUUAUUUUUUGCACUUCGAGUGUGUUUAUGGAAGCAGUACAGCUUUUUAAGCAGAUGAAUGUGAAUUAUUGGCUAUUAAAUUUUUUCAGACUAAGUAUUUAUUUAAUGUGUUGUAUUUUUAUACCUAACUAAGAUAGAAGUUGUACAACAUUACAUGUAUGACUCAGGACCUUAAUGGAAUAGCAACAUUAGACAAACUCUAGUGAAUGUCUUUAAAUCUGGAUUUGGGGUGUGCUAAAUUUGCAUACCUUUUUUUAAUUGCAAAAAUAGUAUUUCUGACUUGCUGCAACUUUACAUAUUACUUUCAAGUUGGAAAGUAUUUACAAAUUCCUGAGAUUAAAUCAUUUUCAGUGUAUGUAUAAGUCUCAAUGAAAAUUGAUUUUUGUAACAUUGAAUAAGAGUACGUUAUAGGAUUGUGUCUCCAGUUGUAAUAGUAGAAAUGCUCAUGUAAAAAUGGCCUAAAAAGUAUUUCACUUCGUGUUUAUUUGGUACAUUUAAUAAUGAAUUUGAGUUUGGAAUUGUACCUACUGCUGAAGUACAGUUACUUAUGAUUACUGACAGAGUCCUUUUGUUCUGAAGCUUGGUUCCUCAAAAAAAAGAUUCAGAAGGUGGGCAAGUGCAAAGUGAGAGAUAAACAGGAAGUUAAAAAAAAUCUGAAGUGUUUUUCAGUCUGCAAAAUGUCUUUCUGAAUGUUUUGAUUGUUAAACUUAUUGAAUUCACUUAUCCAGUUGCUAAUUAAACUUUUUAUUUUGAA